AUGUUCUUUUUCAACGUGCUGUUCUGGUUGACCGGAGUGGCUCUUGUGGUGAUCGGUGGACUCGGCGAACUCCUGUAUGGCGACUACAAGAACAUCACUCAAACAGGCUUCACCUCGGCCACAGCCAUCCUUAUGGGAGUAGGAUGUGUUAUAGGGGUGUUAGGGUUCGCUGGCUGUUAUGGCGCCAUCAGAGAAAACUACUACACGCUUAAAGUGUUCUCGUACUUGCUGACUUUGCUGUUGAUUGCAGAAAUCGCCCUGGGAUUGUGGUUGUAUUUCGCGCAUUUUAGCCUAGCGAAAUUCCUUAAGGAUUUCCUUGACAAUAUAUUAAGCAAGUACGAGGAAGAUAAAGACAUACAACAUCUAAUUGACAAGAUCCAGCGUGAGUACCACUGCUGCGGCUCAAAAAGCUACAAAGACUGGUUUAACUCGGAGUGGAACAACCAACGUCAGAAAAACAGCGCGCAGAAUUGGGUCAACAGUGUCCCGCGAUCCUGCUGUCUUUCCAACACCACGCAUCUGCCGAGUUGCGGAAACGAUUUGGACACCCCUAACAAACCAGCCGAGAGGUUUGUCCAUACAGAAGGCUGUCUGCUUCGCAAGGAGUUCUUCUCGAAGCAUAUCACGUUUAUGAUUUCGCUCGGCGCAGGCGUGAUGGCGUUACACGUUCUCGCCAUUUUGUUUACGUGUUGUCUGCGUCGCGCAAUCAAACAUUCGUAUAUGUUGCAGCAUGCUGAUGGAAUUUUACUGAUUUCUACUUGAUUUAUUUGUAAAGAGUUGGCAAAGAGAAAUGGGAAAUAUUGCAUACGAAAUAGGAGCUAGAAGGCGUAGAGCUUCAAUUUUACUUGCCACACAAUUUUUAUCCGUCACGCAAUCGUUACUCAUCGUGAAGAACGUUCGAAGAACAUCGGUGCAUGCAGGGGAAUCUACGAAUUUUAUAUAGUGUCUGCCGUCAGUUGUCACGUACUAUGUCACGCAAGCUCUCGUAGGACAUGUCCAUUUAUCAUAAUUUAUAGUAAGAUUUUGAAAUGUAUACUCACCGUUGUUU